AUGACAGAGGCAGCAGAUGAGAACAUGGUGUCUUUAGCGUCCUGUAGAUCUGAGUAUUUGAGUUCUGGCUCCACCAGUGGCUACAUGUUCCUCUUUGAGCAAAUACUCUCCAUCCAUGAAUUCCUCGAUGUAGCCCUCUUGCUUUUCGGUGUGCUGGAAGAUGGACUGUCCUCCAACGGUGUGCCCCGAUCGACAGCCCCAGGUGGAAUAUCCAACCCAGAGAAGAGGAUGAGCUGUGGGACCCAGUGCCCGAAUCCCCAGAGCCUCACCUCAGGCCCUCUGACCCAGAAACAGAAUGGCCUGCGGACCACGGAGGCUAAAAGAGACGCUAAGCGAAUGUCUGCAAAAGAAGUCACCAUUAAUGUUACAGACAGUAUCCGACAGGCGGACAGAAGUCGAAGAAUCUCGAAGAACUGUGUUAACUAG